AUGCCUCUUCUGCCGAUGCUGAUCCUGCCGAUGCUGACGUGGGUAGCGACCCAAUGCGUAACUUGGACACUGCCGAGCCUGACCAAGCCAGCUCCGCUCCAGCUGACCACCUUGCCGACCCUGUUGGCUUUUCGGUCGGAUCGGAUGACGCCCCCGGCGGACGAUGCCUCUUCUGCCGAUGCUGAUACUGCCGAUGCUGACGUGGGUAGCGACCCAAUGCGUAACUUGGACACUGCCGAGCCUGACCAAGCCAGCUCCGCUCCGGCUGACCACCUUGCCGACCCUGUUGGCUUUUCGGUCGGAUCUGAUGACGCCCCGGCGGACGAUGCCUCUUCUGCCGAUGCUGAUCCUGCCGAUGCUGACGUGGGUAGCGACCCAAUGCGUAACUUGGACACUGCCGAGCCUGACCAAGCCAGCUCCGCUCCGGCUGACCACCUUGCCGACCCUGUUGGCUUUUCGGUCGGAUCUGAUGACGCCCCGGCGGACGAUGCCUCUUCUGCCGAUGCUGAUACUGCCGAUGCUGACGUGGGUAGCGACCCAAUGCGUAACUUGGACACUGCCGAGCCUGACCAAGCCAGCUCCGCUCCGGCUGACCACCUUGCCGACCCUGUUGGCUUUUCGGUCGGAUCUGAUGACGCCCCGGCGGACGAUGCCUCUUCUGCUGAUGCUGAUCCUGCCGAUGCUGACGUGGGUAGCGACCCAAUGCGUAACUUGGACACUGCCGAGCCUGACCAAGCCAGCUCCGCUCCGGCUGACCACCUUGCCGACCCUGUUGGCUUUUCGGUCGGAUCUGAUGACGCCCCGGCGGACGAUGCCUCUUCUGCUGAUGCUGAUCCUGCCGAUGCUGACGUGGGUAGCGACCCAAUGCGUAACUUGGACACUGCCGAGCCUGACCAAGCCAGCCCCGCUCCAGCUGACCACCUUGCCGACCCUGUUGGCUUUUCGGUCGGAUCUGAUGACGCCCCGGCGGACGAUGCCUCUUCUGCCGAUGCUGAUCCUGCCGAUGCUGACGUGGGUAGCGACCCAAUGCGUAACUUGGACACUGCCGAGCCUGACCAAGCCAGCUCCGCUCCGGCUGACCACCUUGCCGACCCUGUUGGCUUUUCGGUCGGAUCUGAUGACGCCCCCGGCGGACGAUGCCUCUUCUGCCGAUGCUGA